AAUCUGCUGUCAUUUGUCAUCUGCGCUUUCAAACGAAAAAUAAAAAUGAAAAUCUCGUCAAGUCAAGGAAAAAAUGGUAGUCCAAGUCCGUAGAAUUUUUUCCCGACCGGUUGUAAAGAAAUCCAAUUCUAAAUAAUUGAAAUAUUUCUCAAUCGUUAUCAAAAAUUCAACACAAAAAUCUUCAUAAUUCAAUUGCAAAUAAUAAAAGUGUUCCCCCUAAAGUGUUUGUAAUUUUAGUGUUUAAAAAGAAAAAAAGAAGAAAACUUCAAAUUAAAAUCAAGACAUCGUAUUGGGAGACGUAGUGAAGAAGAGGAAUACAAUAAAAAGAAGAAAAGUGGACAAAAUUCUUCAUUUUGAUUUUUUCCUGCUUCCACAUCAAUUUUGGAUUACCACUUCUGGAAUUAAUAAUGAAUUUGGAACAGAUAAUGUUCCCAAAAAAUGUCAAUAACUGUACCAAAACCAAAGGAUGAGGAGGAACACCUUCCCACAGAGCAACUCAUCACAAGUUCGUUAAAUUUAAAAACCCAACAAACAGAACCAAAACAAAACACUCAAUUGAUCUCGAGCGACUUUAAACAACGGAAAGCUUUGCUUUCUCUAAAACAUUCAACAGUGACGCAAGCAUCACAAAAACAACUACCCAAAAAAACAGUAACGACAUUUAAAUGCAAAAACAUUCUAACUCUAAGCAAUAAUACAAAUCAAAAGAACAAAUUCCAAGAAACCAGUGAAAAUAAUGCCCAGACGACGCUGAUUGAUGAUAUAAGUAUUGUCACAGAAACUGCAUCAUCGUCCCUCUUGUCGACUUCAAAAACAUCCGCAGAACGAUAUGCCUUACGGACACUGAAUAAAAUCCCAUCGUUUUUUAGACGGAAAAAAACAUAUGGUGGCAAUAGCAGUAGCGACACCAUCAAAGAGAAUUGUCUUGUGCCUGGUGCAUGCUCAAAUGACCAUUCUGAAAAAUCUGAAAAAUCCUCAAUAAGAAAUACAAUUGAAACAAAAAUCACAAGAACAGCAUCAAAACUUUCGCUUUCAUUUAAUCCUUUAGCUGGAGGAUUAGGAGGAGGAGGAGGAAGUGUAAGUGGUGUAAAAAGACCUGCAGAUACAACACUCUCUUCGACAAGCAGUGAAGCAGUCAAACCGAAGAAACUUCGCACUAUGUCGAUGUAUGACAGACAAUAUACAUCAUCGGACGAUAGACCCAUCACAAAUGGGUAUCUCUCGUCCAGAAACUCCUCGGCUGGACACAAUGACGACAAUAAUGUCCUUACCAACGCAAACAAUUAUUAUUCGUCUUCCGCGACCCUAUCCUCGGGUGCGAAUGGUGGCAGCAAUGCAAUCCUUCAUGCUCCAUCGAUGGCUUCGUUAUGUAACAUUGGUAAUACUUGUUAUUUGAAUUCGGUGGUGUAUACGUUACGAUUUGCUCCUCUCUUCUUACACAAUCUCCAUCAUUUGGUGGUUGAUUUGGCCAAUAUACAACAGAAUAUUGGCAAAAAUCGAGCAAAGAGCUCUUCAUUGGGCAGAAAUAUAAGUGGAAUGCAUAUGGAAAAUGCCCGCAGUUGGAGUAGCAAAGAUUUAGCUUCGCUUGAGAAUUACGGGCAAUGUGAAACGCAAAAAUCUAGCCAACAAGUGGCCACUGAGAAGCUACAUGAUCUGUACAAGAGUCUGCAUCAUAAUGAGAUCUCAGAAACGACUGAACCAUUCCAUGCUGAUAAAUUUCUGCACGCAAUCCAAGAAGUCAGUGCAAUAUUCGAGGGCAACCAACAGCAGGAUGCCCAUGAGUUUUUAAUGUGUGUUUUAGAUAGUAUACGAGAGACGUGCCAGACGUUGAUUAAAUCAAUAUCCGAUUGUCCAGAUGUGAUAAUAAAUGGUUGCGUUAGUCUUCCCGAACAUAUAACGGACUCUCCUCCAGAACAAAAUCACAUAAAUCAUUCAAGCAGUGUUAUCAACAAUAAUAACAACAACAAUAACAACAAUAGCAGCAGUAAUAGUACAUCUUCUAGUAAAAAUGCAACAAACAUCAUAAAAACAUCUUUUUUCACAAGAAAACCCAAACGAAAAGAUGAAGCCAAAAAUGCUAAAAACCAACGACUACAGUCACCUCUCAAAGAUAACGUACAACAACAACAACAGCAAUUACCACAACUAUACACCCAAUCGUUUGGUGAUGGUGUGGCUAUAAAUUCAGGCAGUGUGUUUGGAAAUUCUGGAAGUGAUAAAAUAGAUUCGAAGAAUGCGUCUCCCUCCGGAGAUGAUGAAGUGAUGCCAAUUAAGGAUAAAGAGCGAUUAGCUGAGAAGAUAAAAAAACUCGGUUUGGAUUUCUUUACGGAGGACUUUGAAGGCAUGACUGUGUCGACAACGAAGUGCUUAAGUUGUGAAACAGUUACCGAGCAGAAGGAGACUAUGAUCGAUAUUGCUGUACCUGUGCCGAUAUCGGGCUACACUGAUACUUCCAAUUCUUUUAUUCAGAAUUCUUGUAUUACCCGCGAGUACUUCCGUGAAAAGAAUAAAUAUCGCUGUGAGCAAUGCACUGGUUACACGGAAGCAAUUCGUUCAAUAUCAUACGAGGUCCUGCCCCGAUUGCUGGUCAUCCAACUAAGUCGAUUUUCUGGUGGAAUGGAGAAGAUAAACAGCUUUAUACCAACGCCCUUCACAAUGCAGUGCUUCUGCGCCAAGUGUGAACAGAGGGACUCGAAUAACAAACUGCACUCUUACAAGUUGUACAGUGUGAUCACUCAUGUCGGCGCGACUAUGUCGGUUGGCCAUUAUAUCGCCUACACGUGCUCCUUGGACUGGGCAAGUGACUACAUUAAUUGCCCGAAGGACAAACGUCGUCAUCAAACUUGCAAUGGUUCCCCAAAUAGUUCGAGUUCGGCAGCUGCUCCUCCCCGGCCACCACCUUCCUCAUCGUCUUCCCUAUCGACGAGCACUGGUCUUAUCAAAAAAAUCAAGUUCGGACGCAACAAGGCAUCAAGCAGCGGCGAUAUGUCUAAAAGCAAUACGAAAAAUCUCAAUGGCCAAACGAGCAAGUCUAUAACCAAUGGCAUAGAGAAGCUGAGCAUGAACACUACUUGCCACAGUGUCGAUUGCUGUGCCUCAAGAUUGCGAACUAACAACAGCCGCAGUUCAAGCUACUCCUCCUCCUCGAACAGCUACAGCAAUGGACCGACCAGAAAUGGCGGCUGGUCUGAUCUAGUCGAUGAAAGCAGCAACCAACCCCAGACAAAUGGAGCCCACAACAACAGCAGCUACAGCUACAUGCUGGGCCAUGGAAGCACCGGCAGGUCUAAAUCAAAUUCCUCCAGUAAUGCCGAACCGAUUUGGUAUAUGUGUGACGAUGAUAAGAUCAAGGCAAUGACACAACGUGAGUUCGAGGAGCUGCUGUCUCCAAUUAGAAAAAUCACCAUCACACCCUACUUGCUCUUCUAUGCACGCUUCGAUCUGCAAAAACAGUCAGUGGCCAGCGAUUGUGGUAUGUGAGUGCGAAGGAGUCGAGAGUUCACUGGAACUAUUUAAUAAUAAUAUAAUAAUAACCAUCAUUGUUGACCAGUUUUUAAUUAUAAAAUAAUUAUUAUUAUUCACAAGCUUUACCAAUAUUCGAUGCAUAUUCAUUGAGAUUAUCUUAUUAUAUUGUGUUUUUUUUUUUUGAAUUUUGUCUUAGACAGAAUCAUUCGAUUUAUAGAUUUAUUAUGAGUGAGCCUGUUAUAAUUUUGGUGUGCACAGAACUUAAUUAUUUUGUGAUCUGUGAGUGAUUUUUGUUUUGUUUUAAUUUUUUAACUGAAUCUGACUUAUUUUCUGUUCUGUGUAAAUUGUUGAUGUAAUCAUUAGAAGACUUUUUUGUUUAACAUAUCAUUUCGAUUGUAAGUUUUCAUUAAGUAAUGUUUAAACAUAAUUAUUAUUAUUAUUAUAUAUUAUUAGAAAAACAAAACAAGCAAACAAACAAAAUAUAAACUAUCUCUUUUUAUUUUAUAAUCUUUAACAAACUGCAAAAAUUAAAAAUCAGUAUAACAAUAAUUCGAUUAGUUGUAAGUUAUAGUUAACAUCUUUUUUGCUUAAAUAUAUUAUAUUUUAACGUCGUUUACAAUGUAUA